ACGCGGUUUGGAAGAUGAAUUCAUGAUGAGGGAGGAAUGGAUUAAACACGGGACGUGUGCAGGCUGUGUGGAGGCCAUGGGUUCACCGCUUCUUUAUUUCCAAGCCGCAGUCAAGCUUCGGAGACUCUUUGACAUUGACAAUAUCUUGGAAAGAUCUGGAAUCAAAACCUCAUGCGAAGUGUCAUACAAGCACGAUGACAUACGGGGUGUUCUGACCCCGCUGCUCGGACAAAACUAUGAUUUGCAGUGUGUGACGGACAGCGAGGGUCGUGAAGCGUGGAUCCAGCUGAAGAUCCAUCUCUUCAGGAACCAAACCCUUGGAUGCCCCAAACAAGAACAAGAGCAAAAGUUUGAUCGGUUACCGUGGUCUAACAGCACAGGACAUCCCUGUCCAAAGAACAGCACCAUCUUUUAUGUUCCAAUUAACUACGAAAAUCCCCACGAACCCUGUAACUAAGAGAAGCUGAAGUCAUAGACUUUCACUGAUUUCAUGUUUGACUGUCCUUUUCCCAGUUUUCUCAGACCUGAUGCAUAUGUUUGAAUAAAAAUGUUACAUAAUUCCUAAUGUAUUUAACCUUGGGGCAUUUUUUUCCCUUUAGUGAGCAAGAAGGAAAUAUACAAAUCACGGAAUAAAGGGUUUUGAAAGACCUUUAAUGCACUCAGAAUAUACACCAGUUAUUAAUGACAUUAAAGGUUCAGUAAUGUAAUGGACCAGUAAUGUAAUGGAGCAUGAUGUUGAAUAAACUUGCGUGGUGCAGAGCACAGCGGUUUAUCUCAUCUGUUGGAGCUCAAAUCACUCAUUAAGUGAAUAAAAAUGGAAUUCCUCUUUAUGGUCGAUGUUCUAAACACCAGCAGGCAAUAAAAAGUUUAAAACGAACAGCCGUCAGCUAUGAAAUAUUUCAUGCGAAAACUCAGGAUGGAUGGAUUUGGGAACUCAUGGUUCACAUUUUAUUUGACAUGGAAUCAGUUUGCCAAAAAGUAUGUUUCUACACCACAGAAGAAA